AUGAUUUAUUUCAUCAACAAAUCCCCUUCGCAAGGCGGCUUGAUUGGAGCUGGCCUUCGCACUACGCUGCGCUUCCUGCAGUUCGUCAUGGCGCUCACAGUCGCGGGUCUGUAUGGAGUUGAUCUGAAUAACGUGCGAAAACAUGGUUUGAAGCCUGAUCCUGCAUGGGUCUACGCUGAGGUCAUUGCUGGAUUCGCAGCACUGACGUGCAUCUUCUUUUUGAUCCCAUUUGUCAAAUCAUGGUACCUCUUCGCCUGGGACGCCACUCUAUUUAUCCUCUGGAUUGCCGUGUUUGGCGUCUUUGCGCAAAAGUACGGGCAUAAACAAGUUGACGGCAACGCCGCGGUACAACGAAUGAAGAAUGCCGUCUGGGUCGACUUGGUCAAUGUGCUUUUGUGGCUGAUCAGUGCAACUUAUGGCGCCAUUCGGUUCUUUUAUAGUCGCCGAUCGGUGCUCAGUUCCAAGACGAGCGUCGUAUAG